GAGAUGCGCCUGCGGACAGCGCGGCGACGGCGCCUGCUACUAGUGCUAGCUAGCGCUCACCUGCUCACCGCUGAAAAUUUUUCAGGUCGAUGAUCGACAAGGGUCUAGAAAAUGUCCUCGCUAUUUUCACUUGCAUAAUAAUAUUACUUGGUGCUGGAUUAUUUGAUAAAACAAAAAGCGAUAAUUUACCUGAGGAGCUUGCCGAGACAAACUCCUAGCUGCGGCCGCAGCUAAACGAACAGAAACCUGGGCCAUCUUUCUGGUCUGUCCUAUUGCAAAAAUGGCUAGCGGAGAAACUCAGCCAGUGCCGAUAUAUUGAAAUCGGAACUUGGAUAAAUCAAGUCUUGAUCAGAGUUGAAGAGCAGAGAUCUGAAGUUAAUAUGGCAGAAAGCAGGAAUAGAUCACGCAGCAGUAGAAGAGAGAACUCAAAAAUCUUAGAGAGUUUAAUGUUCAAGAACCCUGGCAGGAAAGUAGCAGAGUUUGCUAACUUCAAACCAGAAGAAAGUGAGAGGGAAAAGCGUAAACUUCGUCGACUACAGGAAGAAGAGUAUCAACGCCACUUGCAGAAUCGAACCAUGUAUGAUGCUAAUGGUCAUUUAUCAUCCAACGGUCAAGAUCUGUGUGAUUGUUUAGGUAAAGACUGCCCAGGAUGUCACUAUCCAUGCAAGGAAUGCGGGUCGGUCAAGUGCGGACCUGUCUGCAGAUGCAAAAGGAAAUGGGUUUUCGACCUGAUUGAAGAUGAGGGACAAAACUACUGCGUAAAAUACUGACUGAAUUGGAUUCUACUCAAAAGCGAAUGAUGAAAUUGGUGUGACUGGCCAUACUACAAUGGAGAACAUCAGUGGAAGCACAUCGGAUAGGGGUUCUAUCGUCAUUGAUAUGCCGGAUCAGAAUACAUGUAGCUCAAACAGAAGGACUCCCAAGUGAUAUCAAUGUCACAUUCUGGACAUCCACUAAUGAAUGCAAGGACUCCGUGUAAGGCGGCAAUGAGGUUUCCCCCCCAUUCCAAAUGACUUCUAUUCAUCGAAAAGAAAUCCUUGUUUGGGGACGAGUUCAUGAGUGAAGGAUAGAACUUGAUGGAAGCUGAAAGCGACGGUUUCUUAAUUGGAAUCUUUUCAGUGGACUAAAAUUUGUUCUACAUUCUAAUAAUGAAGACAGGUUUGGACUUGGAUGAAACAUGAGACAGAGUUUCCCCUGAAAAGAAUUCAUUUAGAUGUUCUUUUCUGAAAGCCAGGAAUUGGUUAAGUACUGUAAAUGGAGUCUAUUUACAUGUAUUAUAAUAAGUGCAUACCCACUUUGAUUCAUUAUUGUAGGUUAGGUGUUGAUGAAAGAAAAAAAAAAGUUUCCUAAAUGUACAUGUAACUCUGUCAUUUGACUAAAAUACCUCUUUGUGUACAUUUAUUAGUGAAAGCAAUGAGAAAGAUUCAUUUGGAUUAAAUGUCUCUUCGGUGAAAGAACUUGCAUUCACGCAGUCAUACGCUUGUAUGUUGCUGAAUUAAUAGAGUAUUAUGACCAAAGACUAAAGCAGAAAAAAAAUGAUUAAACUGUUUUUAUCUCAUUAUAAGUAGAUGCAGGAAAAGAGCUUGUAUACUAUCGGGGGAGGUUUUUGUUUCAUAGUUGACAACUCUAUAAAACGGUAAUAUUUUUACUUCAGAGCUUACAUGUAGUUUGAUAUUUUUUGUUACAUUUUCUCACAUUGCAGGUAUUAAGUUAUUAAAGCUACAUGUAUUUGUAUUUUUCAUGAUUCAGAUUGAUUUGAGAAGGCUGAGGGUUUUCUCAAAUAAAUUGAAACAUUUCAACGUUCGUGUUUUACAAUGGCUGUGCCGCUGUAAUAACAUUGUGAAUCCAGUUCGGUUUUCCAUUUUCAAACAAUAUUCCAGAAAAUGCAGCACACAUAGCUGAAGAAUGAAGUUCAGUUCUAUUUCAUUUAUUAAAACCAAUAAACAAUAUAAAAUCAAAUACAAAACAUAUAUCAUAAGAUGGUUAGGACCAAAAUGAAGCCGAAGCUUGUGAAUAUUGGCCCUUUACAUAAAAUAUAUAAAAUACAUGAUGAAAACAAUGUCAACAAAUUAAAUUAACAACUAAUCGAUUAAGAAAUACUUACAUACAUACACAACCUAGAAACACCCAUACACUCACAGACACACAUGCAAACAAGGAUCCUAUAUUUCAUUAAGUAAUUGUUUUUUACAGAGUUUUUUAAAUCUAGAUAAAGUAGUACUUUCCUGGAUUGAGUUAUGUAAAUUAUUCCAAUAUUUGAUACCAUUGUAUUGUAUACCUAGACAUGCCAGACAUACCAUGUUGAUGUGGCAGAAAAUGUCUGCUAACAGCAUGAUUGCAUUAGAUCAUUGGAAAAUAUUACAGUUAAAAAACUGCACCCUUAAUACUUUUCAAGCCUUGUUCAUUUGAUCUUUCAAUGAAGAGCUGAAAAAUGAGUAUUUUUUCACUAUACCAGGAUCUGCAUGAAUUACAAAGUUGAUAGAAAUCAGGAGAAAUUGCAGAUUAGGUUUAUUUUGAAGAUGUGCAAGGGAUUAUCAAUUGUAAAUGUACCCAAAGCAGUGUUGCCAUAAGACAAUUUUUCAUUAAUUGGGAAAAUGAUGCUCAUCUCGGUACUUUGUCAUUUGGUCUUGAGACUUGGCAAACUUACACAUGUAGUGGACUCCAGAUGAUCAAGAAGAUGGGUUCAACUUCAUGUACUUUGUUUAUAUGUAUGUGUUGGAACUGUGGUGCCAUGGUAAUGGCAUUGUACUGCAAUAAAUCAAGGAUAAUCAAUUAUGAUGAAUUAAGCUGUGUGUAAGGUAAGUUCGCAACUUAGAACUUGACCGGAACCUGUUCUUAGUGUUAUGUUAUCAUUGGAUCUAUUGCGCAUUUAUUUUCAACCAGUCUUAAAUGAAGACAAAGCAAUGGAAGGUGUACAGUUCUUAUAUUUAUUGAAGAUAAGUAUAACUUGAUGAUGAUGACAUAUACAUGAGUAAGUCAAAUGGUGACUAUACUCUGAAGAUGAAGAUAAAAUAAAUGCUGCAAACUGAUGUACUAUAAAAUAUAAACUCUUCUGUAGCUCUAAAACCCAAUCUCUAAUCUCAAAACCAUUCUGUAAUCUGCAACCAAUCUGACUUGCGUUGACAAAUGAACUCUUUUUAUAAUGUUCUGGUCGAGACUCUCUUCAGCCAAACAGCUAUUGAUCAACCUUGGACCCUUGACCUAAACAAUCUGCACGCCAUAACUUUACUCUGGAGUGAACCUUUUAGUGAAAAGGAGGAAUGUAGUGAAUAAAAAACCCAUAAAAUGUGUGUGCAUCAGAAGUUUAGCUAGAAGAAAAAUGAGUAAUACUUUAUUAAGAAAGUUGGAGUUGGUAAACAAACAGUUUCCUGUUAUACUUUCUGUAGAAGUAUUGAUUAAGUAUUGAUUAUGUAUUGAUAUAUUAUUGAAUAUGUGAUGCAUGUCUUUUCACAUUACAUUAGGUGCUAAAUCAACUACUAUGGAUAUUUCAUUUCGUCAUGAAUAUUUUAAAAAACUUCUUUUCUUAAUGGAAUGGCGAUAGGCUAAUGAGACAUGAACUUUCUAUUCCUUGAAACAUCUCUAUGAAUAUGCGUGAAUAAUCGCUUAAUCUGUAAAGCUCAAGUGAUUCUGUCCUUAAGAUCUACAAUUAUAAUUACAACAGUAGCUGGAAAGGUGAUUUUGAUUGUGAAUGCCGGAAAACCUUACUAACUGCCUUGAUAGACCCGAUGUAAUUAACAUACAUUACAUCCUCAAUUUUUCCAAAAGAAAGACACGAUACCAACUUAGAGACAAAAAAAAUAAGGAAAAGAACAUAAAUUUUUUAUAAAUGGAACAUGUUUCGAGGUUCACACCUCAUCAGCCUAAAAUAACAGAACAGAAUCACUGGUAUUUAUGCAUUUGGAACAUCAAGGUAAUUUCAAGAAUUUAGGUACAAUAAUACAUGGGUAUGUGGAACGGUGAAUUUAAAAAGGAGUGAAAGUAAAACUUAUGUCAGUGAUGGGUCAGAUAGAUACAUCCUCAAGUUUUGUUUUAGAGUGGGGUUCACAACAUGACUAUUUCAUGUUAUCAUACGUAUAAGUUGCACUUAUUUUUAUUAUUAUGUUUCUUGUAUUCGUACUUCAAAUAAUGUAAAUACUUCUGUAUAUUUUUAAUAAAACAUGAAUUCUAA